AGUCGGAAUAUCGCUGCCGAGCCAAGCUGCUAGAAGUGCCAACAACAAAGUCAAGUGUUCACUGUUCACGGCAUUUCAGGCUUCACAGAGAAGUUGCGAGAAGGUACAGCUGAUUCAGCUUGUAUGGUGUGAUAGCAUCACACAAACUACCAGGAGUUUGCAAGAAAGAUGGCAUACUACGGGUCUGACAUGGGUGGCGUUGGGUACCAGGAUCCCAGUGCCUUCUCUGACAAAAUGAUUCGCCAUGGUUUUAUCCGCAAGGUUUAUGGCAUUCUUCUCGUUCAACUGGCUAUUACAACUGCGCUCAUUGCGCUCUUCAUUUUUGAGCCUAAUGUUAAAGCCUUCUCACGGGCAAACCCUGGACUUUAUAUUGCAGCCAUGGUUGUGACGUUCGUGUUGAUGUUAGUACUAGCUUGCUGCGAGGGUGUUCGCCGAUCGUUCCCAGUUAACCUCAUUCUCCUGUUCAUCUUUACUCUUUGUGAAGGUUUUCUGCUUGGAACAGUGUCAAGCUAUUACAAAGCUGAUGAAGUAAUCAUUGCUGUCGGUAUAUGUGCGGUUGUAUGUCUGGCACUGACGCUCUUCGCUUUUCAAACCAAGUGGGACUUCACUGCUCUCUCCGGUAUACUCUUUGUCUGUGCCAUAGUCUUCAUGUGCUUCGGGUUUCUCAUGAUCUUCUUCCAUAAUGAUGUUGUCCGCCUUGUUUACGCCUGCAUUGGAGCUUUACUGUUCUCAGUGUAUCUAGUGUUUGACACACAGCUCAUGCUGGGCGGCAACCACAAGUAUAGCGUGUCUCCAGAGGAAUACAUUUUCGCCUCCCUGAGUCUCUACGUUGACAUUGUGAACCUCUUCCUCAUGAUUCUUCAGAUCGUCGGAUAUGCCAAUCGAGACUGAGGGUACAUUGUUUUGGACACACAGUUCAUGAUGGGUGGUGCACGCACCUUCGCGCUUUCACCCGAAGACUACGUGUUCGCUGCCAUCAACCUUUAUGUGGACAUUAUCAAUCUGCUGCUCUACAUCCUUCACAUAGUUCAUGCUGUGAGGAGGGGUUCUCUCUGAUGUGUUAAUGAGCUAAAUGUUACGUGCCCAUUCUUCCCAUCAUCACAAGCUCUCUCAUAGUUCUGUGAAUAACCUGUAACCUAGUCCCGAAUUUCACUGUGCUGAGUACCUCAAUAUCUCGUACGCACAUAGGUGCCCUAUUUACACCUCAUGUGAUCGUAAUGUGGGACAAGGCACAUAGAGUAGCUCCAAUUACUCUGCUGAGUGCAAUGACUGGAAGAUUAUAUUUAUAUUCUUAUUUCUUGGUAAUCAGUUUGUGUGUAAUAAAAACAUUGCACAGGUGCGUUAAUCAGGAAGCACCGUAUUGGCA